AUGUCAGAUAAGAAGCCACGAGGUUCAGACACUCGUCCCAAAAGUGGCUUCCGCAGUUGGAGUGCAGACAGUUAUGUUUGGCGGGGAAAGAAACGCUCCAGGAGCUCUCGCAACGGGUCGAGUCCUGGAGGAAUGGAGGUGGAGGGGACGGAGGAGCUGGGUGUGCGGUCAACAUCGUGUCCUAGGCGGCGCAGAGAGAGAAAGUGUAGCUGCAGCACUCUCGGGGAAGCAUUGACGUCUGCAGACAUUGAUGUGGUGUGUCGGAAGGCCUUGUCCCACCGCUCACUGCGACAAAGGUUUCAGGAUGCUGUGGGUCAGUGUUUUCCUCUGCGCUCUCACCAUCACCAUCAUCAUCAUCACCACCAUUCAUUGGGCUCCUCGCGACCCUUCUCAGUGCUCUUCUGGUCCAAACGCAAGAUCCACGUCUCAGAGCUCAUGCAGGAAAAGUGCCCCUUCUCGCCCAAAUCUGAACUGGCCCGAUGUUGGCACCUUAUUAAAAAUCAAGCCACCAACCAGAAUGCCCUCAUGGACAUGGAGAUUCCUCUCAAACCCAAUGUCUCAACUUCCUCUACCUCCCCACCAACGACCCCUCUCUCCUGGGACGACAUCUGCUGCUCUCCUGGGCCUGGAGGCACCAGUCUCGAGGACUGGGACCCUUCUUGUUCUCAUGGGGAAGCGGAGGGCAGCUGUGGCCACACUGACUACAUCCUUGUUCCAGAUCUUCUUCAGAUCAACAACAGCUCCUGUUACUGGGGUGUGUUGAACCGCUUCGAGGCGGAGGAGCUGCUUGAGGGCAAACCAGAGGGGACAUUUCUGCUCCGAGACUCGGCCCAGGAUGAGUUCCUCUUCUCAGUCAGCUUCCGCCGCUACAGCCGCUCCCUGCACGCACGCAUUGAGCAGAACGACAAACGCUUCAGCUUUGAUGUGCGCGACCCGUGUAUGUACCGGGAUCCCAGUGUGACGGGACUACUGAGACACUACAGUGACCCGGCCACCUGCCUCUUCUUUGAGCCCCUCCUUUCAAGGCCACUUCCAAGGACCUUCCCUUUCACCCUGCAGCACCUUUGCAGGACUGUGAUCUGUAGCCAUAUCACCUACCAGGGCAUAGACAACCUGAUGCUGCCCUACCAGCUCAGGGACUUCCUCCGCCAGUACCACAUCAAAUGUGAUGGGGCCUGCGCUGUGUGA